CCAAAACUUCAUUCUUUUAUUAUAAAACCCGCUCUCUGAUUUUAAUUAAUCUUCAACUGUCUUUCGAAUCCGACCAUCUCCCCAAUCCCCAAGUUUAAUUAGUUCAUCCUAAAUUCCUAAUGGCAAAGUCUUUAGUUCUCGUUUUAUGCCUCGUAACGCUUGCAUUUGCUUCAACUGUGGUUGCAGAUGAUCCUAAAGCCCUUCAAGAUUUCUGCGUAGCUGAUAAAGCUAGCGCAGUCAACGUCAAUGGCUUCACAUGCAAGAAUCCCAAAGAUAUCACGGCCGACGAUUUUGUCUUCCACGGCUUAGACAAGGCCGGAAACACCACCAAUCCACAAGGCUCCAAUGUGACCCAGGUGUUUGUGGCCCAAUUCCCGGGACUCAACACCUUCGGCAUUUCCAUGGCCCGGAUCGACUAUGCUCCAUGGGGACUAAACCCGCCUCACAUUCACCCCAGAGCCACCGAGAUCCUGGUCGUUCUGGAAGGAACUCUUGAAGUUGGUUUCGUGACGUCGGCACCGGAUUUGAAGCUGUUCAGAAAAGUACUAUACAAAGGAGAUGUUUUCAUCUUUCCGAUUGGGCUCAUCCAUUUCCAGCGCAACAUUGGGUAUGGGAACGCUGUCGCUUUGGCUUCAUUGAGCAGUCAAGCCCCAGGUGUGGUUCCAAUCGCAGCUUCUGUUUUCGGAUCAAAUCCGCCCAUCAGUGAUGAUGUGCUGGCCAAGGCAUUCCAAGUUGAUAAGAAAAUUGUGGAUCAAAUUCAGGCCAAGUUCUAAAACAUUAAUUAGAACAAGAAGUUAAACAGCAACAAUUGACCGUGUCGGUUUUUAUUAAAUAUAUUGUGAGUCGAAAUAAUUAAUUGGGAAGCCAUUUUAUACUCUAUCCAAUAAAUAUCUCAGUCUAGCUUCUAGGCGGCAAUAUCUUUCCCUGUACUAAAAAUGUUGGUAGUCAAAGUAAUUAUAACAUGAUUAUUAGUUCAUUAUUUUAU